AAUUUUAGUUAAGUUUUACAUGAAUUUUAUCACUAUUGUGUAGUAAUGCUUUAAAUAGAAUUAAAAAUUAUUAGUUUGCUUGUGAUUUAAUAUUUAUGUUCAAAAAAUAAACUUUAAAAGUGUGUACGUGCAAAAGUCAUUUCAUAACCUCAAAUUUAUAUGUCGGCUUGUACUCAGUUUCUUCAUAUAUCCUUUACAAAAUGCAAGAAACCAAACGCCGAGAGCGCUCAGCAAAUUUCACAAUCGCCGAAAUCCGUCUCCUAAGCUCCCUGACAGCUGCUUAUAGAGACUCCAUCGAAAACAAAAAGAACGAUGCAGUCUCCAACAAAGAGAAAGAAGCAGCUUGGCUUACUAUCGAGAGUAUGUUCAAUGCCGCUAUAGUCUCUCCGCAGAGGACUGCAAAGACUUUAAAAUUGAAAUAUGAUGGCUUGAAGAAGGCUUCGAAGAAACAAAUGGCCCCUUUGUUUGAUGACGGGUUGUCGACUGAUCCUGAGAUGUAUGAUGCUGAGGAGAAGGUGCUGGCGAUGUGUACAAGUGUUUAUGGGGUUGAGAAUAGAGUUGGCAGUGAUUGUUCUGUAGAAGUUGCUACACCAGAAAGUGCUUUACCAAAACAUAUGCAAAAUGCUCCGAUAAAUGAACCAUGUGAAUCUGGACAAAAUCAAGUAAUCGAAGAGCCUCCUUGUGUUACUAUUUCUCAAGAAAAUGGACCGUCUAAAGUUGUCUCUAAUAAUUAUGACAAAUGGAAAACAAAGUUCCCAAAGAAUCUCAGCGUAGGACUUAUAAAAACCGAAGACUCCAAUCCACAAUCAUCAAAUAAAAAUGAUAAACUAAGUGCAGCUCAAUUGGAAUUGGUACAAUUACAAAUCGAGAUUGCAAAACGUGAUCAUGAAUUCUUGAGAAUUGAGCACGAGCUGAAAGUCGAGCACAUGAAGAACGAAGAACGUAGAAGACAGGAGACACACGAGUUGUUGAUUAAACAAAUUAUUCAAGGAAAUUGUAGUCCCACGAGUAAUAGUUAG